UUUCACGGGGUGAAGAAUAUUCAGUGAAAUCAAAGAAUUGCAGUGUCUUUACUUUUAUAUUUCGAGUUCAGAAAGCAUUAUAUUGAUUAUUUGAUUCGAAUGAAAAUUGAUGCUGAGUGUCUGAUUUGUGUGAAAAAAUAUCUUGAAACGACACACAAACAUAUCAUCAUAAUUACUUGAAAGUGUAAUUUCUGGUAGUUUGUGGCUGUUCGGAACCACACAUAAUCCCCUGUAACUUGUAUACAUCCGCUUUUUUGUUUUUAAUGUUCAGAUAUUUCGUUCACAAACAUUCUUCGAAAUGUCCAACAAAGAAUCAAGAAAGAUGAAUGUCACGAAUUAUUUGAAUGGAUCGUAUGAGUAUCAUGAAAACGAAACUGACCCACUUCUUGGUAUAAUUGUUAGGAAUGAACAAACUAGUGAUUAUAAUAAAAACCAGCAGCACAGAGUGAAGAAAACAGGUAAAAAAGACAUAUCUGGAACUAGUUGGUAUACGGCGACUUUUGUUGUGGUAAACGCAGCCCUUGGAGCUGGCCUUCUCAACUUUCCUCAAGCUUACCACCAGGCGGGUGGAGUCUUAGUGGCCAUGUGUGUUCAGCUAGUUUUGAUUGUUUUCAUCAUAGCAGCUUUGUUAAUACUGGCUCACUGUUCAGACGCUAACACUAGUUCGACGUAUCAAGAAGUCGUUCGUCAAAUCUGUGGUGAAAAGGCACGAAGGAUCUGUGCCGCUCUAAUCGCGUUAUACUGUUAUGGGACGUGCAUCACGUUUGUUAUUAUCAUUGGAGAUCAAUUUGAUACAGUGUUCCAGUCAUUGUAUGGAGCUGGUUACUGUCAUUAUUGGUAUAUGAGAAGGGAAUUUGCAAUGAUAGUUAGUUGUUGCAUUAUUAUUCUACCUCUGUGCUUUCCUCGUAGGAUUGAUUUUCUCAAAUACGCUAGCACCUUCGGAGUAGUUGCUGUUUUAUACGUUGUCUUUCUAAUCAUCUACAAGUACUUUGAAGGAAAGUUCGAACCUGGAUCGAUACGAAGAAAACCUGAUAUUUGGACUGAUGUUUUUGUUGUCGUUCCUACCAUUUGUUUUGGUUAUCAGUGUCACGUGAGCUGUGUCCCCGUUUAUUCAUGCUUAGCUGACCGAAGAGUGACCACCUUCCUGAAAACUGUUCUGGUGGCCAUUGGUUUGUGUUUAUUCACAUAUUCUGUGGCAGCGUCUUUCGGUUAUCUAACAUUUGGGUCUUAUGUUGCUAGUGACAUCUUGGUGUCGUAUGAUGCUAAAGAUCCCGUUGUUCUGAUAGGCGUUGUAGCUUUUGCCAUCAAAACCUACACAACGUACCCAAUUUUAUUAUUUUGUGGAAGAACAGCUAUUGAUGACUUAUAUCUCCAAGCAAGAGGUUCAUCGGAAGAGCAAGCACAAAGAAAUGAACGAUGCCGAAGAAUAACAAUCGCUUUGUUUUGGUUCGCUUCAUCUUUACUCCUUGCUGUCCUUAUCCCUAACAUUGGAGUAAUAAUUCGAGUAUUGGGAAGUUUAGCAGCUGUAUUUAUUUUCGUUUUUCCUGGAACUUGCCUCUUAAAUCUAACUCUGACGAAAGAUCCCGAGCUUAUCAUGUUGAAGAACAAGCUAAUAGUAAUCUGGGCUAUAUUCUUCAUUGCUAUGGGAGCAUGCAUUUUUGGUUUGGUUUUAAUCCAAAGUCUAAUACAAGAUAUGUUUAAAGAGAGUUUAUUAGAUAAAGGGGAUUCAUGUCAUUAAAAUGGUAUAAACUACAGCAAGUGUUAUCUGUAGAAUUGUUAAUAAAACAUUUGUUUGUUCCAUAA